GUCGAAUCUCAAUAAUGAAUCUGCGAGAUUCACUGAAGUCACCCCACAAAGAUAAAGUGAAACAGGUCCUAAUGCUUCAAGUCCCCGACAUGCCAUUCCUUGUCAUUGCCUCACGAAAUCAGGAAGUUUGCAAGGAAAACUUCCAAUACAAUCGACGAUGAAGAAGCUUGCAAUCGCAACUUCAUUGACACGGCAACGACGGAACGACGGCAACGUAGCUGACUUCGAAAGAAGCCAUCCUCUUCACUCAUUAGCAAUCCAAAUCGAUAGUCUAACCAAACGCGCACCACGACCAGCCAGGUUCGGUGCCUUCCGUAUCACCAGUUCAAUUCAAGGGUAGCAUUGAAUCACAUUCUUCUCACAUAUUUUUACUACGGCGAUACGGCGACAAUCAAUCCGUUCUCGCAAGCUCCUGGUAGUUCAUUCAUUUCCAGUAAUCAAGACAGCAAACAGCACGAUGGCGGCAGAAGACUUCCCAAAGGACGAAAUUGUGCAGCCUCCGCGAGUGGAAGAUGAGAAACCCAAAGAAGAAAAGAAAGAAACGUUCAUGGAGGCAGCAAAGAGUGAGGCCCUUCGACCAUUUGUCAUUAUCAGUUCCAGUUAUCUUCUGUUCACAAUCACAGAUGGUGCCAUUCGAAUGAUUGUCCUUUUGCAUGCCUACAAUAAGAGUUUCUCAGCGUUGGAAGUGGCCGUCAUGUUCACUCUCUACGAGUUGGCAGGUGUAUUUACCAACUUGGCAGCUGGCUUUAUGGGAGCGAAAUGGGGGAUCAAGUUGACGCUCAUCAUUGGACUAUCACUCCAGAUAUUCUCCUACGGCCUGCUGUUUGGUUGGAAGGACGAUUGGACCAAAAAACAAGCAAUUAUCUACGUCACCAUCGCACAAAUGUUUGCAGGUAUAGCCAAGGAUCUAACCAAACUGGGAGGCAAAACUGUUACCAAGCUCGUCACUCCCGAAGAGAAGGAAACCAAGCUUUUCAAGUUGGUCUCUCUGAUCACAGGAUGGAAAAACAGCCUCAAGGGUGUUGGCUACUUUCUGGGCUCGGCCUUGAUCGCUGUUUCCUAUGAACUGGCAUUGGCUUGCAUGAUGGGACUGGUGGUUUUGGCCAUGCCAUGGGCCAUUGUUGGACUCGACAGGGAUCUGGGAACAGCCAAGUCCAAGAAUGCAUCUUGGAAAGAUGUGUUCAAACUCGACAAUACCAAUCUCAACUAUCUCUGUCUGGCGCGACUCUUUCUCUUUGCAAGUCGGGAUUUCUGGUUUGAAGUCCCACUUCCUUUCUUUUUGAGAAGCCCUUCCUGUGAUGGUUUGGGAGAAGACACUUGUGCAGCGGACACGGAUUGUGUCACCAAUGCCAUUUGCGGCGUAGAAUCCAUGCUGUGCGAAAACGUGAAUCCGGGGGGUGGCUGUGGAGGUCUGGGAGCCGAUCGUGUCAUUGUGGGAGCGUUGUUGGGUGGCUACAUUAUCCUGUACGGACAGGUGCAGAGUUGGACCCCACAACUAGUGACAGGCCCCUUGGGACAAACCCCACCCAACAAACUGACGGAAGUGUUUUGGGGUACUAUCAAUGCUUUGCCAACUCUUGUCAUGGGGAUUGUUGCCAUGUGGUCUCCUGCAUUUGUGGAUGGAAACCAACCAGCCAUGACAGCCUGGCUGGUCGUUGCAAUAGUCAGCUUCGCCAUUAUCUUUGCCAUCAAUUCUUCCAUACAUUCCUUCUUGGUGGUCAACUAUGCCAAAGCUGAUAAAGUGGCAGUCAGUGUUGGAUUCUACUACAUGAGCAAUGCUUUGGGACGACUCUUUGGCACUCUUGGGUCGGGCUUGCUGUACACCUACGUCGGUGAAGAUCAGGGAGAAUUGGCUGGACCUGAUGUCGUCAAAGGUUUGUCUGCGUGCUUCUUUGCCGGGACAGCUUGUAGUCUUAUCGCCGCUUUCAUCACACUGUGGAUCGACGACGACAAAGCCGGACUCCAAUGUGGGUCUUGCUGGACCAUUGUGGAAAAGGAGGAGGAAGGGGAAGAGGAGAAAGGAUGCGCUGAAGAGAAAGAAGACUUGCAUGACGUCCAAAACGAACAAAAACUCUUGGGAGACGUCAGCAUGGAAGUCGAAGCUUGAGCCCGUUCGACGGACAAUAUUAGUGACUCCUCCAAACACCGCUUGUUCAAGUGUUAUUUACACCCACCACUGCGACCAACAUUGGAGAUACGCAAGCAACUUAUAGGAUUAUGAAUGAAAGAAAUCAAUGUAGACUAUGUAUACAACCAAAACAUAAUAAGACCUGCUAUCGACCUACACUUUGCAACUGAUCUUCAGAUGCCACGAAGUCUACUACUAGUAUCGUCGACUCCACAGGGCUUGUCGGAACAGUAACCUUCUUUUUGACAACCAUGUAGCGCAAUCUCUUCUUGUUUCCUCCCCGUAUUCUUACUUCUAAAGACCCUUCAAGCGUCGCCGCCUCUGAUGGGCGAAGGGCAGUCAAGAUCACAGUUUCUCCUGGUGCACCGGACACCGAGACUGAAACACCCGAGCUCGUGCAUUGUACCUUUCUGAAUCUCACAGGAGACACAGGCACAUACUUGCCUAGCUCUCCAAGCAUGAUCCAGCCACUCUGUGGACAAGGCUGCCAAAUAGCCGUAACCGUUGGCGUGAACUGGCCUUGUGUGUUGUCGUCAAGCAUCGCAGGAGCUUCAAAGACUAUUGCGGACAAGUCAUCCUCUGACGGCAAUGGUACAAACGUAACGCAACCACUCAAGAUUGCAUCUUUGCCAUUCUCGCAUUCUGCCUGGUGGUCUCCGAGGCGACGGCGUGCCACAAAUCUAUAGCUGUACUGCUUUUUGAUUGGAGGCCAAAAGUCUCGCAUCCUGACGGAGAAGGCGCUCGGAAGCAAGAAAGAAACAAAGUACCAUGAAUAGACCAAACCCGCAGUACCAUACACGUAGCCACCAUCUUUGGAGGAUGGAGCAGCCAAGAUUCUUGGAUGACUUUGCUUCAAAAAAGUCGAGUCGACUGCGGUGAGUGGCUUGGAUGGUUUCAAGAGCGUGCCAUCCUUCGUAAUGAUCCGCUUGAGGAGUUUGGCAUUGGUUUGUCCAAUAGCAUCCGAGAGCCCCACGGGACCAUUGCUCAUCAAUGCCAACACGACAUGGAGCUCAGCUGCAGAUUGUUCGUGAUCCGCCGUCCACGGGCAGCCGGGAAUGGCCGUUCUGUUAUUGUCCGUGGACCAAAGGGUGUCUUUGCUCGGAGCCGAUCCCAGAGCCCAUACCAGCAGAGAGGAUUCGCCAAUAUCCCAACUCCUGCCAUAGCAAAAGUCAAAUGACACUCGAAAGUUGGUGACGGCUGGCAUGUCGAGACUUGCCAAAAUAUCUGUGGGCAGCGCAUAACACCACUGGAUUGUAAUGUUCUUUGCCAAGGCCGCUCCUGCCAUGCCUUGUUGCCAUGUUUGCGCUGCAGUGGCAUGUUGCACAAAGUCCGGUACACAGUUGUAGUUUUGAUUCAUAAAGUCAGAUUCAAAGCUGACCAUGCCUGCCCUGUCAACUCCCUUUGCCAUGAACCAAUCGUAAAAUGAUCUCGAUUGCGCUGGUUUUACAUUGUCGAACGCAUAAGCUUUGCAGCCAGGAAGCGCCGGAUCGGAAUGAACUGGUUUCCAUUGGCUGUCGUCCCGAAAGUAGCUAGAGUUGGGACAAAAGUACGGGGCAUAUAGUUGGA